GUGUGGGGAGGUUCUAGUUCCAUUUCUAGUGCCGACUAAGAGGCCAGUGCAUUACUCUCAUAACCGGGCGUCGGGGAGCGCUGCACGACGCCUGACGGUCGCAGAAGUCGACAAGGCGUUGAAGCGAAAACAUGACUGCUGAGCCCAUGAGUGAGAGCAAGUUGAAUACAUUGGUGCAGAAGCUUCAUGACUUUCUAGCACACUCAUCAGAAGAAUCUGAAGAAACAAGUUCACCUCCAAGGCUUGUGAUGAACCAAAGCACAGAUAAAAUUAGUGGUUCUGGCACUAACUUGGAUAUGAUGGAAAGCAGCAAAGAAGAGGGAGCUAGCUCUUCUGAAAAAUCCAAAUCUUCAGGAUCAUCACGAUCAAAGAGGAAACCUUCUGUAGUAACGAAGUAUGUAGAAUCUGAUGAUGAGAAACCUUUGGAUGAAACUGUAAAUGAAGAUGCUUCUAAUGAAAAUUCAGAAAAUGAUAUUACUAUGCAAAGCUUGCCAAAAGGUACAGUGAUUGUACAACCAGAGCCAGUGCUGAAUGAAGACAAAGAUGAUUUUAAAGGGCCUGAAUUUAGAAGCAGAAGUAAAAUGAAAACUGAAAGUCUCAAAAAACGCGGAGAAGAUGGGCUUCAUGGGAUUGUGAGCUGCACAGCUUGUGGACAGCAGGUCAAUCAUUUUCAAAAAGAUUCCAUUUAUAGACAUCCUUCUCUGCAAGUACUUAUUUGUAAGAAUUGCUUUAAAUAUUACAUGAGUGAUGAUAUUAGCCGUGACUCAGAUGGAAUGGAUGAACAAUGUAGGUGGUGUGCAGAAGGCGGAAACUUGAUCUGUUGUGAUUUUUGCCAUAAUGCUUUCUGCAAGAAAUGCAUUCUGCGCAACCUUGGUCGAAAGGAGCUGUCUACAAUAAUGGAUGAAAACAGCCAAUGGUAUUGCUACAUCUGUCACCCUGAGCCUUUGUUGGACUUGGUCACUGCUUGUAACAGCGUAUUUGAAAAUUUAGAGCAGUUGUUGCAACAAAAUAAGAAGAAGAUAAAAAUUGAUAAUGAAAAGAGUAAUAAAGUGUAUGACCAUACAUCCAGAUUUUCUCCAAAGAAAAAUAAUUCAAAUUGUAAUGGGGAAGAAAAGAAAUUAGAUGAUUCAUGUUCUGGUUCGGUAACUUACUCUUACUCAGCACUAAUUGUGCCCAAAGAGAUGAUUAAGAAAGCUAAAAAGCUGAUUGAGACAACAGCAAACAUGAAUUCCAGUUAUGUUAAGUUUUUGAGGCAGGCAACAGAUCAUUCAGAAAUCAAUUCUGCUACAAAAUUACGUCAGUUUAAGGCUUUUAAAUCUGUGUUAGCUGAUAUUAAGAAAGCUCAUCUUGCACUAGAAGAAGAUUUAAAUUCAGAAAUUCAAGCUUUGGAUGUUAUAAACAAAGAGAAAAAUACCAAAGAGCAUAAAAUCGUGUAUGCUAAGUGUGAAGCAAAAGUACGUAAAGGAGAAAAACCCUUGGUUAUGGAGAGGAAGGAUAUUUCAAAGUCAGAAGCUAAAUUGCUAAGAAAGCAGGUAGAUAGUGAACAGAUGGAUCAGAAUGUUCCAGUGAAGGAACAAAGAGAAAAUAAAAGCACAAAUAGUGAAAAUAAGAAAACUGAUAAAAAUGAACCUCAGUAUGAACCUGCUAACACUUCUGAAGACUUAGACAUGGAUAUUGUGUCAGUUCCUUCCUCAGUUCCAGAAGACAUUUUUGAGAAUCUUGAGACUGCUAUGGAAGUUCAGAGCUCAGCUAAUUAUCAGGGAGAUGGAAACAGUGGAACUGAGCAAGAACUGGAGAGUUCUUCUGUAAAAUUAAAUGUUACUUCAAAAGACAACAGAGGAUGUAUUAAGUCAAAAACUACAGCUAAAGUAACAAAAGAAUUAUAUGUCAAACUCACCCCUGUUUCUCUUUCUAAUUCUCCAGUUAAGGGUACUGAUUGUCAGGAGGCUCCACAAGAUAAAGAUGGCUAUAAAAGUUCUAAUCUGAACCCCAAGCCAGAGAACUGUGGACUGGAACAGGAAAAUGAUGGUAAUGAGCGUUUAGUUGAAAGUGAAGCUCCAUUACUUUCAGAAGACUCUGACCUUCGAAGAUCCCCACGUGUAAAGACUACACCAUUAAGGCGACAGACAGAAACCAACCCUGCAACAUCUAAUUCAGAUGAAGAAAGUAAUGAAAAACAAAAACUAUCCAUUCCAGAUAGAAAAAAGGAUAAGCGUAAUUCUUCUGGUAGUGCUAUGAAUAAUCCUAAACCGAAUAAAUCACCUAAAUCUAAACAGUCAGUGAGUGUAGAUCAGAAUUCAGAUUCUGAUGAAAUGCUAUCUAUCCUCAAAGAGGUAACUAGGAUGAGACGUGGCUCUUCUUCAGAUACUGAUAUUAAUGAUACCCAUACAAAUAAUGAGAGCACUUUAUAUGAUUUAAAAACUCCAAGGGAAGCUGAGAAAGGGAAAAGGAAACGAAAAAGUUCUACUUCUGGCUCAGAAUUUGAUAUUAAAAAGGGCAAAUCAGCUAAAAGGUCUAUAAUUUCCAAAAAGAAACGUCAGAACCAAUCUGAAUCUUCUAAUUAUGAUUCAGAAUUAGAAAAAGAGAUAAAGAGCAUGAGCAAAAUUGGGACUACCAAAACAACUAGAAAAAGAGUUUCGAAUAAACAAAAUCAUGAUUCUUCCGAAGAUGAGAAGAGUAGCAAAAAGGUAUUGGAUGAACAGGGGCAGAAAAGUGUGAAAACUGUACAAGAGGAGUCAUCUGAUGAAGGUGAAAUGAAACAAGAGAGCAAAAAUGUCUCUUCUACCGAAGGCACAGUUGAUAAAGACAAAAUCAUAGAAUUAAGUGAUCCACUCUCCAAGAAGCAGCAACCAGGUGUUUCCUCUGAUGGUUCUGAUAAACUUUCUUCUGGGAAAGAGGACCAUUUUAAUUCUCCAGAUGACAAAAAGGUUGAUGGAGGUAAAGAGAAGAGUAAGCAUCUGAAAACCAAAAUGUGUAAGGAAAUGCAAGGUGGCUUAUCUGAUGUUGCUGAGAAAUUCGCAGAGAAACGACAGAAUGAUGAGUCCUCUGAUGAUGACAAAAAGCAGAGCAAAAAGGGAGCUGAAGAAAAAGAAACGAAAACUAUAGACUUGAAAAAAGUAGUUAAAGUGGAACAACACUAUGAAUCAUCAUCUGAUGGCAUGGAGAAAUUACCUGAGGGAGAAGAAAUAUCUAACUUUUCAGUGGGCAUGAAAAAUAAGAACUCAACUGUAGAAAAGAAAAGUAAAAAAGGCAAAGUUAAAUCUUCUAAAAAGAAGGAUGAAUUAUCUGAUAAUGCUGAGAAGUUACCAGGGAAGCGAGAUAGUUGUGAUUCUUCUGAAGAUAAAAGAAGUAAAAAUGCAGCAUCUGGUAGAGAGAAGAAAAGAAGCAACUUGUCUGAAAAGCGUUCAAAGAAGAGACAAGAUUGUUCAUCAUCUGAUACUGAGAGAUAUUCUGUAAAAGAGGAGGGUUGUAAUUCUUCUGAUAAGAGAACGAAAAGAAUUGAAUUAAGGGAAAGAAGAAAUUUAAAUUUAAAGAGAAAUACCAAGAGAGUGCAAAGUGGUUCAUCAUCAUCUGAUGCAGAAGAAAGCUCUGAAGAUAAUAAAAAGUUGAAGAAACAAAGAAGUGGAGCGAAAAAGAAGGGAAGUGGAGUUAAGGAGAAAAUGAGAAACUCACUAAGAACAAGCACUAAACGGAAACAAGCUGACAUUACUUCAUCAUCUUCUGAUAUAGGAGAUGAUGAUCAGAAUUCUGCAGGUGAGGGAAGCAGUGAUGAACAGAAAAUUAAGCCCGUGACUGAAAAUUUAGUGCUGACUGCACAUACUGGAUUUUGCCAGUCUUCAGGAGAUGAAACGUUAUCUAAAUCAGUGACUGUCACGGUGGAUGAUGAUGAUGAUGACAACGAUCCUGAGAAUAGAAUUGCCAAGAAGAUGCUUUUAGAUGAAAUCAAAGCCAAUCUCUCCUCUGAUGAAGAUGGAUCAUCAGAUGAUGAAGCUGAAGUAGGAAAAAAAAGAACCGGAAAACACAAUGAAGAAACUAUUGAGGAAACAAAAAAUCAGGUCAAUUCUGAAUCAGAUUCAGAUUCUGAAGAAUCUAAGAAACCAAGAUACAGACAUAGGCUUUUGAGGCACAAGCUGACAGUGAGUGAUGGAGAAUCUGGAGAGGAAAAAAAGACAAAACCGAAAGAACACAAAGAAGCAAAAGUUAGAAAUAGACGGAAGGUGAGCAGUGAAGAUUCUGAAGAUUCUGAUUUUCAGGAAUCUGGAGUUAGUGAAGAAGUUAGUGAGUCUGAAGAUGAACAGCGACCUAGAACAAGGUCUGCAAAGAAAGCAGAGUUAGAAGAAAAUCAGCGGAGUUAUAAACAGAAAAAGAAAAGGCGACGAAUUAAGGUCCAAGAAGAUUCAUCCAGUGAAAACAAGAGUAAUUCUGAAGAAGAUAAAGAAGAGGAGGAGGAUGAAGAGGAAGAGGAAGAAGAUGAAAAUGAUGAUUCUAAAUCCCCUGGAAAAGGCAGAAAGAAAAUUAGAAAGAUUAUUAAGGAUGAUAAACUAAGAACAGAAACACAGAAUGCUCUUAAGGAAGAAGAAGAGAGACGAAAACGUAUUGCUGAGAGGGAACGGGAACGAGAGAAAUUGAGAGAGGUGAUAGAAAUUGAAGAUGCUUCACCUACCCAGUGUCCAAUAACAACAAAGUUGGUUUUAGAUGAAGAUGAGGAAACUAAAGAACCUUUAGUGCAGGUUCAUAGAAAUAUGGUUAUCAAAUUGAAGCCUCAUCAAGUAGAUGGUGUUCAGUUUAUGUGGGAUUGCUGUUGUGAAUCUGUAAAAAAAACAAAGAAAUCUCCAGGUUCAGGAUGUAUUCUUGCCCACUGCAUGGGCCUUGGUAAGACUUUACAGGUGGUAAGUUUUCUUCAUACAGUUCUUUUAUGUAAGAAAUUGGAUUUCAGCACUGCUUUAGUCGUUUGUCCUCUUAAUACUGCAUUGAAUUGGAUGAAUGAAUUUGAGAAGUGGCAAGAGGGAUUAAAAGAUGAUGAAAAACUUGAGGUUUCUGAGUUAGCGACUGUGAAACGUCCUCAGGAUAGAAGCUACAUGCUACAGAGAUGGCAAGAAGAUGGUGGUGUUAUGAUCAUAGGCUAUGAGAUGUACAGGAAUCUUGCUCAAGGAAGGAAUGUGAAAAGUAGGAAACUUAAAGAAAUAUUCAACAAAGCUUUGGUUGAUCCUGGCCCUGACUUUGUUGUUUGUGAUGAAGGCCAUAUUUUAAAAAAUGAAGCAUCUGCUGUUUCAAAGGCUAUGAAUUCUAUACGAUCAAGGAGAAGGAUUAUUUUAACAGGAACACCACUUCAAAAUAACCUGAUUGAAUAUCACUGCAUGGUUAACUUCAUCAAGGAAAAUUUGCUUGGAUCUAUUAAGGAGUUCAGGAAUAGAUUUAUAAAUCCGAUUCAAAAUGGUCAGUGUGCUGAUUCUACCAUGGUAGAUGUCAGAGUGAUGAAAAAGCGUGCUCACAUUCUCUAUGAGAUGUUAGCUGGAUGUGUUCAGAGGAAAGAUUAUACAGCAUUAACAAAGUUCUUGCCUCCAAAACAUGAAUAUGUAUUAGCUGUAAGAAUGACUUCGAUUCAGUGCAAGCUUUAUCAGUACUACUUAGAUCACUUAACAGGUGUAGGUAAUAGCAAUGAAGGUGGAAGAGGUAAGGCAGGUGCAAAACUCUUCCAAGAUUUUCAGAUGUUAAGUAGAAUUUGGACUCAUCCUUGGUGUUUGCAGCUGGACUACAUUAGCAAAGAAAAUAAGGGAUAUUUUGAUGAAGACAGUAUGGAUGAAUUUUUAGCUUCAGAUUCCGAUGAAACCUCCAUGAGUUUAAGCUCUGAUGAUCGUACAAAAAAGAAGAAAACAAAAGGGAAAAGAGGAAAAAAAGAUAGUAGUUCAAGUGGAAGUGGCAGUGACAAUGAUGUUGAAGUUAUUAAAGUCUGGAAUUCAAGAUCUAGAGGAGGUGGUGAAGGAAAUGUGGAUGAAUCUGGAAACAAUCCAUCAGUUUCUGUAAAGCUGGAAGAAAGCAAAGCUACUUCCUCUUCUAAUCCAAGCAGCCCUGCUCCAGACUGGUAUAAAGAUUUUGUUACAGAUUCUGAUGCUGAGGUUUUGGAGCAUUCUGGGAAAAUGGUACUUCUCUUUGAAAUUCUUCGAAUGGCAGAGGAAAUUGGGGACAAAGUCCUUGUUUUUAGCCAGUCUCUCCUAUCCCUGGACUUGAUUGAAGAUUUUCUUGAACUAGCUAGUAGGGAAAAGACAGAAGAUAAAGAUAAACCCCUUAUUUAUAAAGGUGAAGGGAAGUGGCUCCGAAACAUUGACUAUUACCGCUUGGAUGGAUCAACUACUGCACAGUCAAGGAAAAAAUGGGCUGAAGAAUUUAAUGAUGAAACUAAUGUGAGAGGUCGAUUGUUUAUCAUUUCUACCAAAGCGGGAUCUCUUGGGAUUAAUUUGGUAGCUGCUAAUCGAGUGAUUAUAUUUGAUGCUUCUUGGAAUCCGUCUUAUGACAUCCAGAGUAUAUUUAGAGUUUAUCGCUUUGGACAAACUAAACCUGUGUAUGUAUAUAGGUUCUUAGCUCAGGGAACCAUGGAAGAUAAAAUUUAUGAUCGGCAAGUGACUAAGCAGUCACUAUCAUUUCGAGUUGUUGAUCAACAACAGGUUGAACGUCACUUUACCAUGAAUGAGCUUACGGAACUUUAUACAUUUGAGCCAGACUUGCUAGAUGACCCUAACUCAGAAAAGAAGAAGAAAAGGGAUACCCCUAUGCUGCCAAAGGACACCAUACUGGCAGAACUUCUCCAGAUACAUAAAGAACACAUUGUAGGAUAUCAUGAACAUGAUUCUCUUUUGGACCACAAAGAAGAAGAAGAGUUGACUGAAGAAGAAAGAAAAGCUGCUUGGGCUGAAUAUGAAGCAGAAAAGAAGGGACUGACCAUGCGUUUCAACAUACCAACUGGGACCAAUUUACCCCCUGUCAGUUUCAACUCUCAAACUCCUUAUAUUCCUUUCAACUUAGGAGCCUUGUCAGCAAUGAGUAAUCAACAGCUGGAGGACCUCAUUAAUCAAGGAAGAGAAAAAGUUGUGGAAGCAACCAACAGUGUAACAGCCGUGAGGAUUCAGCCUCUUGAAGACAUCAUUUCUGCUGUAUGGAAGGAAAACAUGAGUCUCACAGAGACCCAAGUUCAAGCAUUAGCAUUAAGUAGACAAGCCAGCCAGGAACUUGAUGUUAAAAGAAGAGAAGCAAUCUACAAUGAUGUUUUGACAAAACAGCAGAUGUUAAUCAGCUGUGUUCAGCGAAUUCUUAUGAACCGAAGGCUUCAGCAGCAGUACAAUCAACAGCAGCAGCAACAGCAACAGCAACAGAUGACUUACCAACAAGCGACACUGAGUCACCUCAUGAUGCCAAAGCCACCAAAUUUAAUAAUGAAUCCUUCUAAUUACCAGCAGAUUGAUAUGAGAGGAAUGUAUCAGUCAGUGGCUGGUGGUAUGCAGCCACCACCAUUACAGCGUGCACCACCACCAAUGAGAAGCAAAAAUCCAGGACCUUCCCAAGGGAAAUCAAUGUGAUUUUGCACUAAAAGCUUAAAGGAUUGGUAAAAUCAUAGAAAGAUCUUUUAUUUUUUUAGGAAUCAAUGACUUAACAGAACUCAACUGUAUAAAUAGUUUGGUCCCCUUAAAUGCUAAUCUUCCAUAUUAGUUUGAAAAUUUUUUUAAUAGGCAUAUCAUUUCUUCCUGACCUUUGUCAGUGAUGUUGCCUAGAAUCUUCUUACACACAUUGAGUACAGAAGAUAUUUCAAAUUGUUUUCAGUGAAAACAAGUUCUUCCAUAACAGUAACAACUCUACAGAUUUCCUCUCUAAAUUUUUAUGCCUGCUUUAGCAACCAUAAAAUUGUCAUAAAAUUAAUAAAUUUAGGAAGGAAUGCAGAUUUACAUAUUCAUUCUUUACAUAAAAAUGCACAGCUGAGUUCUUAAAGUUGAUUCCUCAAGUUAUGAGAUACUUUUGUACUUAAUCCAUUUCUUGCUUAAAGUGAUUGAAAUGGUUUUAAUAUUCUUUUGACUGAAAUCUGAAACUGGGCUCCUGCUAUAUCAUCUCUGUGAAAGUUAGAAACUAAGUGUUAUCUUUGACACAAAUUGUGUGCAAUAUUCUUAAAUACUACUGCUCUAAAUAUUGGAGGAGUCUUGCAGUUAUCUUAGCAUUGUAUAAACAGCCUUAAGUAUAGCCUAAGAAGAGAAUUCCUUUUACUUUAGUCUUUCUGCCAUUUUUUCCAGUUUCAUGUGCUGAAAUAAUUACUGGUAAAAUUUCAGAGUUGGGGAUUAUCUUCUAUACAUGAACUUUCUCUCACUUGGCACUAAUAUAUUAAAAGACACUUUUAACUGCUUGGUGCCAGUGCUAGGCUUCAUCCUGUUGCUGGCAGUGGGAUGUGGAUGACAAAAUCAAGUUCUAGCAUUUUAGGAGGUCAAGGCUGACUUGUGGUUGUUAUGUUCACACCCUUUUUUAUGAACAACAUCAGAAUGGCAGAACUAUUGCUGACUUUAAGUUCUCAAUGAGGAAUGUGCUUUAACAAUUCCCAGUACUGUCAGUAUUGUGAAAUAAUUCCUCUUAAAAGAUCACCGGCCUUUUGUGUUAUUCCUUUAGCUCAUCAUUAUAUUCUUUUCCCACAAUUUCCUUGUAUUUUAUUGGUUAAGUUAUGUUUCAAAGUUCUUUUAAUUUGAUUUUUAUCUGUGGUUUGAUUUUCUGAUUGAGUAAUUUAUCCAAUACCCUUAAUGACAUUUUACUAGAAAAGAUUUACAUUGUCAUUUUUUUUAACCCAGGCCUGUAAAAAUUACCUAUUUUUAUUCAUGUACAAUUUGAUUGCUUGAGUUUCCUUUCAGAAUGAUUGUUAAACUCUAGGGAUCAACAUGGCAAAAACAUUUUUGAGAUAAAGUAACAGGUAGUAGAAAGAGCUAAGGAAUCCAGAAAAAAACGGAAGGUGGGUGGAGGAUUUGCUCUAAGUAUCACUGGAUUAGAGUGAAUUUAACAGUAGCUAAAAUUGUUUUGAGUUGUAUAUAUGAUUAUUGAAUUUCCAUUUUUAUCUUGAAAGAAAAAAUUGUAUAACAUCCAGAAACACUAGGUUUGUGAUAGAGAAUUUGUGCAGUUUGCUGGCUUCACCCCCACCUUCUUAUGGUAAGUUAUCACUAACAGAUGCCAUACAUUUGGAUAUUAUGGCAGACAUACAAUCAACAAAAUCUAUUUAAUUGCUAUGGGUGGGUGGGGGGGAGAUGUGUGUUUGCGUUUUAGAAUAAAUGGAAAAAAAACAGCAUUUAUUAGAUACUUAUUUGAAGGCAGUACACUCUGGCCAGCUGCUAUCAGUUGGUAUUUCUACAAGUCCAAAACAAUUUAAACCUGGUUUACUAGACUUGGGAAUUUUCAAUAUGGUCUACUUACUUACUUGCUCAAAGAUAGAGAUGUGAAAAAUUUCCACAAUCUUCUAAGCCUUUUCACCUUUGAUGAAAUUAUGACUUAAAAGAUAAUACAUAGAAGGGUUAAUUGGAAAUUAGAGUUUGAAAUAAAACUUGGACCACUGUACACUCUACUCACUUGACAUUUUAGCUACAUAAUAUGUACUUUGAGUAUAACAUCAAGCUUUAACAAAUAUUUAAAGUUGAAAUCAUAUCAAUAAGAUACUAAAAGACUCAUUUUUAUAUUUGUUUUAGAUGCUUUAAAUAGUUGCAUUGGCUUAAAUGAUGAUUUAAAAUGUUGCUUGUAAAACAGUUUUGCCUGCUAAAUUCUCCACAUUUUGUAACCUGCUUUAUUUUUGGGGGUGUAAAGCGUUUUUGCUUAGUAUUGUGAUGUAUAUGUUUUGUCCCAGUUGUAUAGUAAUGUUUCAGUCCAUCAUCCAGCUUUGGCUGCUGAAAUCAUACAGCUGUGAAGACUUGCCUUUAUUUCUGUUAGACUGCUUUUUAGUUCUGUAUUGAGUAUAUUAAGUACUGUAGAAAAUAUGUCACUUCUUCCUUUAAGGCUUUUUUAUAAUAUAUAUGAGGACUGGAAUUGUGUUUUUAAAGAAAAGCAUUCAAGUAUGACAAUAAUACUAUCUGUGUUUUCACCAUUCAAAGUGCUGUUUAGUAGUUGAAACUAUUUAAUGUCAUUUAAUAAAGUGACCAAAAUGUGUUGUGCUCUUUAUUGCAUUUUCA